AUGGCCACAUCUAUCUCAAACGCCUACGAAGACACCAACAUCCAUCCCAAUAACACAACCCCACUCGAUUUCGGGUCAGUCCUGCAACUUCCUGAGUCCCAUGUCUGGACAGACGAUGAUGACUCAGCAUCACCUCCAGUGGAAGCAUCACCUCCGGUCAUCGACCUGCAAGCCCCGGACGCAGUGGAGCUCGUGGGAGAUGCGUGCCGGACGUGGGGGGUGUUCCAGGUGACGAACCACGGGGUCCCUUAUGACCUCGUGGAGGACGUCGAGGAGCAAGCCCGGAGGCUCUUCGAGCUUCCAAACGACCAGAAGCUGAAGGUCCUCCGGGCCCCGAACGGGGUGACCGGGUACGGCGUGCCCCGGUUUUCUCCGUUCUACUCAAAAUUAAUGUGGCAUGAAGGCUUUACUAUUGCGGGGUCGCCCAUGGAACAUGCCAAGCUGCUUUGGCCCAAUCACUAUGAAGAGUUUUGUGAUGCGAUGGACAAGUACCAGAAGAAGAUGAAAUCACUAGCCUACAACAUCUUGAUCGUCAUGCUCAAGGCAUUGGGAGUGGACGAAGAAGAUCGUGAAAAACUUUCAUCGUCAUUUCUCUAUCAAUCAGAAGGUCCAUUGCAACUCAAUUCGUACCCUUGUUGCCCAAACGCUAGCCAGGCGAUCGGCCUUGCACCACACACCGAUUCAUUACUAAUAACUAUCUUGCAUCAAAACAAUACCAAUGGCCUCCAAGUCAUGCAAGAGGGGGUCGGAUGGGUUCCAAUCCGACCCACCCCAGGAGCCCUAAUCGUCAACAUUGGCAACCUCAUGCACAUUUUGUCCAACGGCGUUUUCCACAAUAUGUUCCAUCGUGUUGUUCCAAAUGAGAUGAGCCAUAGAUUUACAAUGGGAUACUUCUAUGGCCCUCCAGCUGAUGCCGUGCUGACCCCGCUGCCUAAGCUAGGGCCACCACGGUUCCGGGCCAUCACAUUUAAGGAGUACAUCGGCCUCAAGAAUAAGCAUCUUGAUAAAGCUCUUUCUUUUAUUCAAAUUUGA